AUGGAAUCAACAAUAUCGGGAGAUGAGAUAGUAAUAUCUGGUAUAGGUGGAAGAUUUCCAAACAGUGAUAAUUUUAACGAACUGCAAAACAAUCUUUUAAAUAAAAUAGAUUGUGUUGGUGACUGCAACAUGCGUUGGGACAGUGAUCAGCAUAAUGUUCCACAUUGUAUUGGUACAAUAAAAAAUAUUCACAAUUUCGAUCGUGUGUUUUUUGGAAUUCACGGAAAGCUGGUUGAUUGUUUAGAUCCUAUGGUAAAAUUAAUAAUAGCUACUUCCUACGAAGCUAUUACCGAUGCUGGAAUUAAUCCAAGAAAUUUAAAAGGAAGUAAAACGGCAGUAUUUAGUGGCAGUAGUUUUUCGGAAUCAGAAAAAACAAUCUUUUGCGACAAUCAUUCAAAAAAUGAAUACGGUAUACAAGGAAUUGUUCGCGCAUUUCUGGCAAAUCGAACAUCGUUUUUUUUCGGUCUUACUGGACCAAGUGUUAAUGUUGAUUCUAAUUGCUGUGGAGGUGCCACAGCAUUGCAGGAAGGUUUCAUGGCAAUUAAAACUGGACGUGCAGAAAACGCUAUUGUCGCUUCCAGUAAUAUUAUUUUACAUCCAGAAACAUCCCUACAAUUAUCUUUGUUAGGACUUUUAUCACCCGAUGGCAUAACAAAAACAUUCGAUAAUGAAGCUGACGGUUACACACGCAGCGAAGCGAUUGUAGUGUAUUUUCUACAAAAAGCUCGUGACGCAAAGCGCAUUUAUGCGGAAGUGAAAAAUGUCCUCACUGGUUUUGCAAGUAACAGUAUUGAUCAGUCUCUUCUAUACCCAAACUGUGAUUCUCAAGUGGACCUCAUGAAAAGAACCUUGAAAGAGUGUGGCCUUUCUGGUAAAGAUAUUUCAUACGUCGAAGCAGACGGUUCAGGAAUAAAGGAUGUUGACGCUGAAGAAGUAAGAGCAAUCGACCAGGUUUACAAUGAGGGGCGUAAAUCACCACUUACUAUUGGAUCUAUCAAAUCUAACAUUGGCUCUUGUUCAGCUGUUAAUCCACUUAAUGGAAUUAUUAAGGUUAUAACAGCUAUGGAGUCGGGAUAUAUUCCACCUAACCUUCAUUUUAAAACACCUUCUGACAAAAUCCCUGCUCUUAAAGAAGGUAGAUGCAAAGUUGUAACGGAAUUAACACCAUGGACUGGAGAUUAUGCAGUCGUUAAUAGUCUAGCAUUUAGCGGUGUAUGCAGCAAUAUUAUAUUGAAAGAUUUCAAAAAGGAAAAGAUAAAUAAAGGACAACCUAACGACACUCUUCCAAGAAUAGUCAUAGCAUCAGGAUGCACAGAACAAGCUGUUGACCUUCUUCUAAGCGAUCUGGAAAGCCGACCUGUGGACGUAGAAAUGCUUCAACUUAUGUACGAUGUAUUUGAAACUGAAACUCCUGCUCACUUAUAUCGAGGUUAUACAUUAUUGCCUCCUAAUGGAUUGGUAACAAACAAAACGAGAAAAAUUCAACACUUUCAAGGUGAAAGAAAAGAAAUUUGGUACAUGUUUUCUGGCAUGGGUUCUCAAUGGGUAGGAAUGGGAGAAGCUUUAUUACAAAUACCAGUUUUUGCGAAAGCUAUAGAAAAAUGCGAUCGUGUCUUAAAACCGAGAGGUAUUGACAUAAAGCACAUCAUUACAGCAAAGGAUCCAAAAAUGUUUGACAACAUUGUAAAUUCAUUUGUUGGAAUUGCUGCUAUUCAGAUUGGUUUGGUAGAUGUCUUAGACUCAGUUGGACUGAAACCAGAUUUCUUAAUUGGGCAUUCAGUGGGAGAGUUAGGAUGUGCUUAUGCUGAUGGAUGUUUUACAGCAGAACAAAUGGUUCUUGCUGCAUUAAGCAGAGGAUUGGCAUCAGUAGAAACGGAAAUGCCAAGAGGUUCUAUGGCAGCAGUUGGUCUAGGUUACGAAGAAAUAAAAAAUCUCUGCCCACCAGAUAUUGAUGUAGCUUGUCGUAAUAGUGCAGACAGUUGCACUAUCAGUGGACCUGAAGAAUCUGUGAAAACUUUCGUUACGCAAUUACAAGAGAAGAAAAUCUUUGCCAAAGAAGUAGCCUGCAGUAACAUAGCCUACCACAGUCGAUACAUUGCUCCAGCGGGUGAAAAAUUAAAAAAAUACCUUCGGGAGGUAAUACCUAAUCCCAAACCUAGAAGUAAUCGUUGGGUGAGCAGUUCAGUACCACGCGACGAAUGGAAUUCAGCCAGGGCUCGUCUAUCAUCUGCAGAAUAUCAUACAAACAACCUAUUAAAUUCCGUCCUGUUUGCUGAAGCUGCAAAAUGCAUUCCAUCGUAUGCAGUAGUAAUUGAAAUAGCGCCACACGGUCUUCUGCAGGCCAUCGUCAGAAAAUCAUUACCAGACACUGUUAUUAAUGUGCCCUUAACUAAAAGAAAUCAUCCAGACAAUGCAUCAUUCCUUUUUGCUGCUUUAGGAAAUAUUUACAAUGCUGGCUAUAUUAUCAAAGUGUCAAGUCUUUAUCCUAAUGUCAAGUAUCCGGUAUCACGAGGAACACCAUCAAUUUCUUCCCUAAUUGAAUGGGACCGAUCAACUGAAUUGAGAACUAAAGGUGGAAGUCAAAGGACUAAAAUUAAUGAGGGACACAUGAACUUUGUAGUGAAUUUAAAUGAUGAUAAAUGGAGAUUUUUAAAUCACUCCAGGAUUGAUAGCAAAAUUGUGAUUCCAAUAAGUCUUUACUUAAAUACUGCUUGGGAUAUUAUAAAGAGUUUUCAAAAUACUUCUGAAUUCGGAGUAAUAUACAAGAAUGUAAAAAUUCAUGAACAGUUAGUUGAAAUACCAUUUGAUGAAAGUAUUGAGUUAUUAACAAUGGUUCAAAAAGGUUCUGGUUACUUCGAAGUAACAAAUAACAAUAUUUUACUUUGCUCUGGAAUAUUGCAAGUAGCCACUGAGCCAAACUCUACACAAAGUAAUAAAGAAGACAAAAGUUAUCUAGGUCUAAGUGAAAAUCAAAUUUAUGAUGAAUUAACAAUGCGAGGUUUACAAUAUUCAGGUCCGUUUAGAAGUAUUUGUAAAUCAUCAAUCAAUGGUAGAAAUGGAAAUAUAGUUUGGCAAGACAACUGGACAACAUUUUUAGAUGGAAUGAUUCAAAUGUAUGUUCUUGGAAACGAUACAAGAAAGGCACAAGUUCUAAUUAAAAUUAGAAACAUUUCUAUUAACACAAAACUACAUGAAGAAAUUACUAAGAAGACAAAUGAAAUACCAGUAACAGUUGAUAGAAUAUUAGGAAGUAUUAGAGCAGGAGGAAUUCAAAUGGAAGGAGUCGUUUUUGAAUAUAUUCUAAAUGAGUCUUGGAGAAAGAAUAUUGUUACUGAAGAGAUUUUGCCUGGUAAAGUUUUGGGAACAUUCGAACAUUUUCCACUAUCUUUUAAUCUUCAACAACAAGUAUCAAAUUGGCGAGCAGAUCAGCUAAAAUCAUUAGAUUUAAAUUCAAUUUCCUGGGUAGAGGAACUCGCAUCAAAUCUUGAAAAUAAAAUCAAAAUCGAAUACUCUUCGGUUAAUCGAACAGAUAUUCUGUUGGCAAAUUCUAAGACAUCAUUAGAAAGCACUAGGAGCACAUACGAAAUGAAGUCGUUUGGUCAAGAAUACUCUGGAAUUAAUUCACAAGGAAAUAGAGUAAUGGGAAUCGUUGCAAAUAAUGGAAUUUCAAAUUACACAACACCUGAUAUUGAUUUUACUUGGAAAAUACCUGAGGAUUGGUCUUUAGAAGAUGCUGCGACUGUACCUCUAGCAUACUCAACAGCAUAUUUGGCUCUGAUGAUACAAGGAGAAUUAAAAAGCAAUGAAUUAAUUUUUAUCUACGAUGGUGCCUGUUCUAUUGGGCAAGCUUUAAUUAAUCUGGCAUUUGAUAUUACAUCAAAAGUUUUUGUUGGACACAAUAGUAAUGCCGAGAGAAAUUUCCUGAAAGAAGUAUAUCCAAGUAUUCCCGAUAACCACUUUAUCCAAUUAACAAAAGAUUUUAGAAAUCAAUUGCUUGUACAAACAGAAGACAAAAAAAUAAACUUAAUAAUAUACAAUUCAGAUGAUAUAAAUAAUCUAGAGGAUUGUUUGUCGUGCGUAAAAGAAUUUGAAAGAAUUGUUGUGAUUGGAAAUUUCCAAGAAUCAUAUUAUACUUCAAUAGGUAUGCUACAAUUUAAUAAUAGUAUUAGUCUGUUUUCAAUCAUUCCCAGAAAGGUAAUAAACCAAACGCAGGAAACAAAACAAAAAUUGUCGGAAAUGCUGCAACGAGGAAUAUCGACUCAGAUUGUAAAGCCAUUGCCAAAACGUAUUUACUCUAGAGAAAUGUUAAAGAAUGCUUUCAUUGCCGGUUCCUUAAUGGAUGUCUUUCAUAAGAAUAUUGUCAAAGUACAACCGGAUGAUGGAGGAAAAACAGCAUCGGCAGUACCUCGCUUCUUCUGUAGAACCAAGGGAUCGUAUUUGAUACUGGAAGGAUUGAAUUACUUUGGUCUAGAUCUAAUUGAAUUUUUAGUUCUCAGAGGUGCUAAAAAUAUUUUUAUAGCUAACGAAACAAAAAACACGAAUGCUGUUGUAGAACAUAGACUAAAAAUAUGGAGAGAAAGUGGAAUAAAAAUCACAAUUCGUGAAGAAUUAGACUCUACGCACAGUCAAAAUGUAAACAGUCUUCUUGAAGAAGCUGGCACACUUGGCACAGUAGAUGCAAUUUUCGACCUUCAGCGCCUUAACAAUUUAUCAAGAAGGUCCUCUAACUCGAAAUAUUUAUUCACCAAACAUCUGUUUAAAGAAUCUAAGCAAAUGUGCCCUAAAUUACGCCAUUUUGUUGUCUUAUCAUCAUGCAUCCAUAUCAAAGAAAGAAUUGACGACAUUUUAUUACGAGAAAUUGAUUUAACCAAAAUUUUCCAACAAAAAUCAAAAGAAAUCAAGGGACUUUUAAUUUUCCUCGGACCAGUAUGUGGAAUUACAGAAAGCACAAAUGAAAAGAAUGUACCCAUCUUAACUAAUUCCAUUAUCAUAGACCAAAUAGAUACUUUAAUUAGAUCAAACGCAUCUAUUGUUGCUAUGUCCUAUAAACCUUUAGCAAUCGAGCAGAAAAAGUUAGAGAAAAAUAAUAUUGCCAGUGAAGAAUCAGAAAGGUCAAAAUUCGAAAAUUACAUUAAAGGAAGUGUAUCAUCAUUUUGAAGGCAUCAAAAUUGAAAAUAAAACAUUAAGAUUAAGAUCAUUGUAUACAUUUUUGAAAAUUAAUACUAAUUGUCAAAACAAUUAUAUUGUAAUAAUAUUUAAAAUUUCGAAAAAUCUAACCAUAUGUGA